AUGUCCAACAGCAUGCAAUUCCCCAUUCCACGACUCACCACCAUCAAUUAUGAGAAUUGGAGCAUCCAGAUGAAGGCAUUGCUAGGCUCCCAAGAUAUUUGGGAGGUUGUUGAAAAGGGAUAUGAAGAACCCCAAGAUGACCGCGUACAAACGGCGGCACAAAGAACGGCGCUUGUCGAUCAAAGAAAAAAGGACAAGAAGGCCCUUUAUUUCAUCUAUCAAGGACUAGAUGAAGUCAAAUUCGAGAAGGUUGCUUGUGCCACCAACUCGAAGCAAGCUUGGGAGAUCCUCGAGAACGCUCAUAAGGGCGUUGAGAAAGUGAAGAAGAUGCGCCUCCAAAUGUUGAGAGGCAGAGACUUUGAAGAUGAAGGAAGGAGAAUCCAUCUCGGAUUACUUCACAAAGAGGACAAGCGUGUGGUGGAGAAGAUCCUAAGAUCCUUAGAUCAGAAGUUUGACUAUGUUGUGGCUGCAAUUGAAGAGUCCAAAGAUGUGGACACUAUGACAGUUGAUGAACUCAUGGGUUCUCUACAAGUCCAUGAGCAAAAGAUCUUGAUGCGGAAAGAAGAACCCUUGGAGCAAGCCUUGAAGUGCAAGCUCACCAUCAAUGAGAAGAAGGAUAGCCCAACUAGCGAAAGCAGUCAAAUAAAUCGCGGUCAUAGUUAUACUCGUGGAUACGGUCAUGAACGAGGCCGUGGACGAGGUUCCUUUGGACAUAGCAGAGGAAGGGAGACACAAGAGUCUUACCUAAUGAAGAAAGCACACAAGGUUCCUCUGGCGAAAGAAGGCAACGAGUUUUUCAAGAGAAUACGCUAG